AUGAUGGAACUUACGACCACCGUCGCGACAGUUGCGCACGGCAUGGCUCAGAAUACACAUCCUCUUCAAGCAAAAUGGAGUCGAAUCGAUGGCCCUCCACUGCCCCGAUCAUCACAUUCCCUCUCAGUUGUUUCUGGUCGAGCCUAUAUUUUUGGUGGUGAGAUUGACCCACGAGAGCCUGUGGACAACGAUAUGCAUGUUAUAGUUCUCCCAUCAGGCACUGUCUCAUCCGCCGAUUAUCGAUCCAUACCUGCGAAGGCAGACACAGAAGGCGGGCAAGUACCUGAGAAGCGGGUGGGACACACAGCCGCGGUAAUUGGGGAACGCAUAUUCGUAUUUGGCGGCAGAGGAGGAAAGGACAUGAAGCCAUUGGAGGAAGGAGGGCGAGUCUGGGUCUACAAUACCCGUACAGACUCAUGGAGCUACCUCGAUCCAGAACCUGGAACCCCCUAUCCGGCCGCUAGAUCAUAUCAUACCAGUGUCGCGAUCGAGAAACCGGAGCCGGGUAACAUGAAAAGCGUAAAGGUAGACAAUGCUACAGAGUUACCAAGAGUUGGGAAGAUUGCAGAAUCUGCACAAACUGUAGAGCAAGAAGGAGGUUACGGAACUCUUUUCGUACACGCAGGAUGCCCAAACUCUGGGAGAACAAACGAUCUUUGGGGUUUUGAUGUAAGAAGUAAGACAUGGAAAGCUUUCCCUGAUGCACCUGGUAGCCCACGCGGCGGUACCUCGCUUGCGGUAUCGAAACAGCGGAUAUUCCGAUACGGUGGUUUCAAUGGUACAGGUGAAGAGGGAGGUGAGCUAGAUUUUCUAGAGUUAAAGUUGGACCAAUUCAGCAGCCUAGGGGGGUCGGAAGAAACUGGCGUCUCUGCUAAAGGUACAUGGACGACCCUGAAUUUCACAGAGGAGAACAUGCAGUGUCCGGGGAACCGCAGUGUAGCUGGCCUACAAACAAUCACGACUGGCAUGGGUCGAGAGUACUUGAUCUUAUUUAUGGGGGAGAGAGAUCCCAGCAACGACGGACAUAAUGCUGCUGGAAAUUUCUGGGGAGAUAUCUGGUGUUUCCAAUGUCCACCACUAGGAAUGACAGCAGCUAGUUUCAAAGACGCUACCUGGCAAGCGCUUGGCCGAGAAACGGGCGAAGGAAAAUGGAGUCAAGUAAUGGCGUCCGAUUCUGAAGGCGUAGAAGGAGAGGAUGUCCAUAACCUCGUUCCAGGCGAGCGAGGUUGGUUUGCAAGUUCUAUCCUCACGGACCUUGACCAGAGUGCUAUUAUAUUGUGGGGGGGUUUGAACGGUAAAAAUGAAAGGGAAGACAAUGGCUGGAUUUUGUCAUUUACAUGA